AUGGCAAGCGCUACGACCAGCAAUGUCUACAUCCAUGUUAUCGAGGACGUCAUCAAUAAGGUCCGCGAAGAGUUCAUCAACAACGGCGGCCCAGGAGAGAACGUGCUCAAUGAGCUCCAAGGAUUAUGGGAACUGAAGAUGAUGCAAGCUGGAGCAAUCCUGGGUCCCAUAGAUAGGUCAGCUGCACAAAAAGGCGUGGCAGGUGGUCCGAUCACACCUAAUCCUGUGCAUGACCUCAACAUGCCCUAUGAAGGCACUGAGGAGUAUGAAACCCCCACUGCUGAUAUGCUCUUUCCUCCGACUCCUCUGCAAACUCCUAUGCAGACUCCCUUGCCUGGAACAGCACAGACACCGUUGCCGGGAACAGCUCAGACACCAUUACCUGGAACAGUUCAAACACCUCUCCCUGGAAGUGAUAGUGGUUCAAUGUACAAUAUUCCCACUGGUGGCACCCCAAUAACCCCCAACGAGUAUACACAUACUAAUGAAAAUGGUGGGGUUGCUGAGAUAAAAACUGGACCUGGACGACCUAGUCCGUUUAUGCAGCCACCAUCGCCUUGGUUAAAUCAAAGGCCUUCUCUUGAUGUUAAUGUUGCUUAUGUGGAAGGUAGGGAAGAGGGUGAGAGGGCAGCUCCCAAUCAGCCAGCAACUCAGGAUUUCUUCAUGCCUUCCGGAAAGCGAAAACGGGAUGAUAUCCCUUCACAAUACCGGGCUGGUGGGUACAUCCCCCAGCAAGAUGGAGCUGGGGAUAUUUUUUCAGAUGAAUUGAAGGUAGAGGAUGUUCAGCAAAUAUCUGUCCAAACGGGAACACUGUCUUUCAGAAUAUCUCAGUUGGAUGGUCCCAUACCUGAUCCAUAUGAUGAUGUGCUUUCAACACCCAAUAUAUACAAUUAUCAAGGAGUUGUCAAUGAAGAUUACAAUAUAGUGAACACGCCAGUGCCAAAUGAGAUGCUAGCAGCAACUCCAGCUCCUGUACUGAAUGAAAAUGGGGAUGAUGAUGAUGAUGAAGAUGAACCCUUGAAUGAAAAUGAUGACGAUGAUUUGGAUGAUGGAGACCAAGGCGAGGAUCUAAACACAUCACAUUUGGUUCUAGCUCAGUUUGACAAGGUGACAAGAACCAAGAGCAGGUGGAAAUGCACAUUGAAGGAUGGCAUAAUGCACAUAAAUAACAAAGACAUUCUGUUCAACAAGGCAACCGGAGAAUUUGACUUCUGA